AUGGCACACGCGGGUAAUGCCACGUCAGCCUCUGACGGCAGCAACUGGGCUGCGCUCCUGCUGGCCGCAGGAACCGGCGCCGUGGUGGCGGCAGCCGCGUCGUACUAUUUCCAUUCGCAAGCGCUCGCUAAGUUCGCCGAACAGGAUGGCAAGCUGAAGCCGCAGAAGACGCGCAAGGUGACGACCACCCCUGCCGCGCGCCGGGUUGCGCCCACCCCGGGCGUGCCACUGCGCCAGCAGCAGCGGACCCACCGAAACUCCCAGUCGAACGCCGCCAAUCCCUACGCCUUCGACCCGCUCGCGGGCAGUUUCAGUCCGGGCAGCCUGCCCGGGAAACUGGCGUCCUCGCUGGACCGGCAGGACAUGCAGGCUCUCAGCGCCGCGCGCCUGGCGGCGGCGAACGCGUCGGCGGCAGUGGCGUCGGGGCUGCGGGAAGGCAAUUUCCAAGGCGACUUGCUUCCGCCGCGCUCUGUGAGCGCGCACUCGUCCGUGGUGGGGGGGCUGGGCGCGGAGGAGGCGGAGGAGGAGGCGGAGGAGGAGGACAUGGGGGAGGAGGGGGAGGAGGUGAUGGUGGAGGAGCUGGGGGACGGCGGCGAGGGGGAGGGCGGGGAGGGCGCGGAGAAGGAGGGGGAGGGGCGGGGGGAGGCGCGGGUGAAGAGGGCGGUGAGCGUGCAGGACAGCAUUCACCACCCCGUGUCUGACCCCGGCACGGCGGACAGGCUUAGGAAGGCGCCAGAGGUCGAGGACUAUGUGCGCCUCAACCUCUACCCGCAAGACAUGCCGAGUGCGGAGGACGAGGAGGUGUGUGUGCUGCUGCAGGAGUGCCUGCAGCUGAGGGACAAGUACGUGUUCAGGGAGGCCGUGCCGCCCUGGCAUGCCGACGCCAACGCCCUGCCCAUGCCCGACCCCAGCGACCCCUUCCGCUACGACCCACUCCCCCCCUCCGAUCAUGUGAUCGAGAUGGUGGAUGGUGUGGUGAAGAUAUUCGCAGACAAAGAAGCCAAGGAGCGGGGCGAGGAGCUGUUUCCAGUGCACGACGCGACAACGUUCUUCACCGAUCUGCACCGCAUCCUCAAGAUCACCUCCCUCGGCCACGUGCGCUCCCUCUGUUUCCACCGCCUGCGCCUCCUCGAACAGCGGUACCACCUGCAUCUGACGCUGAACGCGGAUCGUGAGUUCAAGGCGCAGAAGAGCGCGCCGCACCGCGACCUGUACAACGUGCGCAAGGUGGACACGCACGUGCACCACAGCGCGUGCAUGAACCAGAAGCACCUGCUGCGCUUCAUCAAGUCCAAACUCAGGAAGGAGCCCGACGAGGUGGUGAUCUUCCGUGACGGCAAGUACCUCACACUCAAGGAGGUGUUUGAGAGCCUCGACCUCACGGGGUACGAUCUGAACGUGGAUCUGUUGGACGUGCACGCGGACAAGAACACGUUUCACCGCUUUGACAAGUUCAACCUCAAGUACAACCCGUGCGGGCAGAGCCGACUCAGGGAGAUCUUCAUCAAACAGGACAACCUCAUUCAGGGAAGGUUCUUGGCGGAGGUGACAAAGGAGGUCUUCACGGAUUUGGUUGCGUCCAAAUACCAGAUGGCGGAGUACCGGGUGUCCAUCUACGGGCGCAAGAUGAGUGAGUGGGACCAGCUCGCCAGCUGGGUCGUCAACAACGACCUCUACUGCCCCAACGUCGUCUGGCUCAUCCAGCUCCCCCGGCUGUACAACGUGUACAAGGACAUGGGCAUAGUGGCGUCGUUCCAGACCAUGCUGGACAACAUCUUCCUGCCGCUCUUUGAGGUCACCGUUGACCCCUCCUCGCACCCACACCUCCACAUCUUCCUCAAUCACGUGGUGGGGUUUGACAUGGUGGACGAUGAGAGCCGGCCUGAGCGCCGGCCAACGAAGCACAUGAUAACCCCGGCGGAGUGGACCAACCCCUUCAACCCCGCCUACUCCUACUACACCUACUACGUCUACGCCAACCUCUACAAGCUUAAUCGCCUGCGCGAGUCCAAAGGCCUCUCCAUCCUCAAGUUCCGCCCGCACUCUGGGGAGGCGGGAGACGUGGACCAUCUAGCGGCCACGUUCCUGACGGCGCACAACAUAGCGCACGGCAACAACCUGCGCCGCACGCCAGCGCUGCAGCACCUGUACUACCUGGCGCAGAUCGGGCUGGCCAUGUCCCCGCUGAGCAACAACUCGCUGUUCCUGGACUACCACAAGAACCCCUUCCCUCAGUUCUUUGCACGCGGGCUCAACGUGUCGCUGAGCACGGACGACCCCCUCAUGAUCCACCUCACCAAGGAGCCGCUCGUUGAAGAGUACAGCAUUGCCGCGCAGGUGUGGCGCCUGACAUCAUGCGACCUCUGUGAGAUCGCCCGCAACUCUGUCUACCAGUCAGGCUUCUGGCACCCCACCAAGGCGCAUUGGAUAGGGCCGCGCUACUUCCUGCGGGGCCCAGACAGCAACGACAUUCACCGCACCAACGUGCCACACAUCCGUGUUGAAUUCCGCUACCAGGCAUGGGAGGCGGAGAUGGAGUAUGUGUAUUUGGGCAAGGCCAAGCUGCCCCAGGAGAUCGACUCCUGA